AUGGUACAGCGUACCAAGGGAUUGAUUACAUGUUCUCGAACGAAACGAUCCGCCUUGGAGAAGGAGUGCGUAACUACACUUUCAGCGUGCAGAUCUUUGACGAUGAGAUCCUAGAGAACGAUAAAGAUUUUUUCUUAGUGUUAAGCAGUAACGACCCAAUUGCUAACCUUCGACAAACUUACAUCAAUCUAACCAUAGUUAACGAUGACAAUGCAACCAUUGGGUUCACAAGUUCAUCGGUCACUGUCGCUGAAAAUGCUGGAAACCUUUCCCUCCCCCUGACAGUCAAGUCUGGAAUCCUGGGAAUCCCCAUUGAGAUAACGUUCGCCAUUACUAACAUCAGUGCAAGCUCCAGCCGUGACCAUCGCCUGCACUAUUCAUCCGUGACUUUUACUCAAGAAGAGCCUUCCCAGCAUGCAACAGUCACCAUCAUCAAUGACGCCACCCUUGAAAACACCGAAUCGUUCAACAUAACCGCCACGACUACCUCACCCCACGUGACACUGAACUACAGUAGCGUGACCGUCACGAUAACAGACCACGGCGAUAAAGUGACCUUUGGUUUCGUCAACAAAACCGUGAGUGUGGCCGAGAGUGAGGGGAAUAUUACGCUGCUAGUGCGCAAGACCGGAAACACGUCAAUACCUUUGGACCUAGGUAUUUCAACAGUCAACCUGAAUGCGUCUGCGCCGGGCGACUUCACGCAUAAAGAAAUCGCCGACACCUUUGCUGUAAAUGAAGACUUGAAGAGCUACACAUUUGCAAUCCACGAUGAUCACGUGACCGAAGGCACUGAGUGUUUCAUAGUGAGGCUGAACGUUUCUCGAGCGAAUGUUCUGGUUGACCCGCGGGAUGCUACUGUUUGUAUCACAGACAAUGAUAGAGUGAGCAUUAGUUUUGUUUACUUGAACAUCACUAUCGAAGAGCAGAAAGGCAGAGUCACAGUUCCUAUGAGAAAGACUGGACUGGCGGAGGUCCCUGUCUCAGUGAGGCUCAAAGAGGUUCAGAGCAUGGUGUGGACAGCAAUGAUUAAGGCCGACAUCCGGGAUUUCAAAGAUGACAUUAUCACGUUCGCCCCCGAGCAAACCGAAGUGUCUGCUAACAUCACGAUCGUGACCGACAGCAUAGCGGAAAGUGACGAGCUCUUUUCGAUUAGUUUCACCCCUGUAGACCCCACAAAGGCCGUGGUAAACACAACGCGGGAUACCUGUGUCGUGCGAAUAACCGAUGAGUAUGACAACGAAGAAGCAUUAAAGGCGAAACAGCAAAAGGAGAAAGAAGAAAAGGAAACAUCCAGGAUUCUGCAGAUUAUACUGAUUGUUUGCACAGUAGUGCUAGCUGUCACCUUAAUCGCGAUAAUCAUCGCAGCCGUUUGUCUUUGUAGAUUAGGACGUACUAGUCGCCCAUUGUAAUCGAGUCACGUAAAGGCACCCGACAACACAGGCCCGUAGCCAGAGGGGUUCGGAGGGUUCGGACGAACCCCCCCCCCCCCCCCACAC